AUGGGCAUCGGUGUUAAAGAAAAUACAAAAGUAGCACGUGAAAUGAUUACAAAAUUGUUUGAAUCAACACGAGUCAAAAUUUAUGAUAAAAAAGAUGUGGAUCAGCAAAUGAUCUAUUGGUCAAAAAAUAUUAAAUCAGAUUUAAUUAUUCCUGUACUACAAAAAAUAAUGGAUAAUGAAAAUAUCUUCACUAUAUGGGAAAAAACAGCAAUGUUUUCUGGUUAUUUUAAAAUUCUUUACUUUACUCAUGAAUCGUUUAUGGUAUCCGAAGCUAAGAUUGCAGAAAUAUUAAAUAAUGAAAUAGACUAUGUUGAAAAUCUAACCAUGCCCAAUGAAAAAACUAAACAGUUUUUGAAUAAUAUUGAUCAAUUCAUUUUUCAUAGACAACAUCCAGAAUUAGCUAUUAUUCGUUGUACAUAUCCAUACAAAUUAGAUAUCAAAAUUAGUUUAUUCGGACGACAAAAUUUAGUUCAUAAAGCUAAAAAACGAUUGCAAACAAUUAUAAACAAAAAUACAAUGAGAAUAGUACAAUUAAGAAUACCUCUCUAUCAACAAGAAUAUCUAUUAGAAAAUUCCAUCGAACAACUUAAAGAUAUAGAAGAUGAACACAAAGAUGAUUGUGUUAAAAUACGAAUACGAGAAACUGAAUUUAGUGCACCUCAAUAUUUAAUUGAUAAGAUUCACGAAAAGAUCAAACAACUUAUGAUUCAACCAGUUAUUUUUCAAUACAAGGGAAUCGGAAAUUCUGUACAAUUGACUGACGAUGAUAUUAAGAAAGUUCAUCAUAUUGCUGAAUAUAACUAUUGUCGAAUAGAAAAAAUUGAAAGUAAAGUGGAAAUGAAAGUUUAUUCUAUUCCGAAAGCAUCAUCACAAUUAACGAAUAUAUCGAGUUCAAUUAUUCAACAAUCUAAUGAAUUUAUUUCGUCAUUAUCAAUGAGAAAAAUAUCAGUACUAAAUGGUUCUAUUGAAAUUUAUUUAACAGAUCAAACACGCACUAUACCGAGAGAUGUAACAAUUAUUUCAUCUCCACAAGAUGCUAUUGAAGAGGGUAUUGAAUAUAAGAAUGAAUAUGGAUAUUUUGAAAUGAAAACAGGUAAAAAAUUUCUAUUUCAUCGAUGGUCUCCAACUGUAGCAGACGGUGAUAAAACAAACAAGAAAUUGAAAUCGUCAAUUCACACAUUUAUCUCUUCUACUUUACAGAAUAUUACAACAUGUUGUACUAGUGCACGAAAAAUAGUUUUUCUAACAAACCAAUGGAAACAUGUUGGUAGUCAAUCCCAACAACAAUCAUUAGCUCAUAAUCUAAUCAAUGAAAUUAAACAAGAAAUUGAAGCUAGGAAAAUCAAUUGGAGCAUUCUGUUUAUUUUCAACAAGGAAAAGAUUGAUUUGUAUAAAGAAUUUCAUCAAAUCUUAGUCCAAUAUCAAACUGAUCAAGAUGGUUUUGCACAAUUUUGUUCUACAGUAUCGACUGUUCAAAUAUCAGUAUUGACAUUAUCAAAUUUGGAUCUUAUUAAAUGUGAACACGAAAUAAAUAACUAUGUUGAAAAACAUUUUGUGAUAAAAAGAACUAUAACUGAUGAACUUAAUAUAAGACAAUGGGAUCAACAUAUGAUAAAUGUCUUUUAUAAAUAUUGUUUAAACAAAUCAGUAUUACCAAUGAUAGAUCUAAUGACGAAUUCACAAAUACAUCUCAUUGGUUCUAUGUUAAAUGUUAAAAAAGUAAUGGAAAAAUGUAAAUUAAUGUCAGAAAUUUUCAAAGAAAGAUUAUCAUUACAAACUCAAGUAGCAAGUACUUCAAGAACAUUGUUUACAAAAAUUAAACAUCCAAGCCAAAUUAAUGUUAAAGGUUAUAAUAUUUACUUUUCUUAUUGUCAAUACGAUCAAACUAUUUGUAAUCGUAUAACUACAUAUUUAAUUAAUGAAGGUUAUUCUUUAUGUGAAACAUCAUUAACUACGACUAAAUUUCAAUCCGAUAUAGGCAAAAGUGAUGUUAUAUUAAUUUCAUUUAGUGAAAAUUAUUCAAAAAAUAAACAUUCUACUGAUGAAUUGAAUUAUGCUAAAUCAAAAGGAAAAAUAUUAAUUCCAUUUGUUAUGAGAAAUACUUUAGAAGAAAAUUCAUGGCUUUCUUCGUUGACAAUUGCAGAAUUAUUCUAUGAUGCUUUUAAUAGUGAAAUUGAUAUUGAAUUUAAAGAUGAUUUCGAUUUUGAAUAUGAUAAAUUACUCUCUAGAUUGUUGCGUCAUACAAAGCCUGGUAUUACAGGUAAAAUCUAUUCGGAAACAGCAACUUUACCAAAAAUCUCUCAAACUAAUGAAGAAUAUAGCAACACUAAUGAUGCUGGUUUCGUCACUGAUCAAUUAUCAAACGACGCAUCGCUCGAACAUGAUUCUAUGUCAUUUAAUCAUUCAAUGUCUGAAGCAUAUUUCUCAUCAUUUAAUUCUAAUCCAGGUUCAUGUUUUAACAAUGAGGAAUCAUCGAAUUACUUUUAUAGAUUAAUUCGAAGUACGAGACCAAUAAAUCACAUGCAAACAAGCAUGGAAGAUAAUGAUACAGCUUGGGAUACUGUUUCUCUUCUUCAAGCACAUAUUAAUCCUGAUGAAGAUGAAAUUGACGAUGAAUGGAAAACACCAGAAGAAAUAAGAAAACUAGAAGAACUUGAUAAUCCAAAUCGCGUUUGGAAAAAUACACGAAAUGCAGAAAAAUUUAUUCAACAAAAACUAAAAAAUAUUCUUGAAUUUAAAGAAUUAUGUGAGAAAUCAUCUUAA